AUGCAGGCUCAUGAGGUGAAGAAAGAGCUUCAGAAGUCAUUGCUCGAGGCUGAAGUGCCCGAUCACGUCGUCGUAAAUUGGCCAAAGAAGGAGCUGCCGUCGUCGAAUAGCAUUUGGGAUGAGUUCGGCCCCGUCGUUCGUAUCUGCGAUAACCAACGCGUGGAGGUGCAGGAGUCGGAUGCGAUCACGAUCAUCUUUGUGGGGUGCAAAAAGUGCAGCACGCCUUAUUCGUGGACUUCGUCUUGUGGUACUAAGUCGUUGCGCAAGCAAAACUGCCCGCCGAAGUCAGUCAAACAGAUGCUCGUGAAGUCGUGUGCCGCCAUGUGCGCCGUCGACAUGUGCCCAUUCGCCAUCGUCUCCGACGAAGGCUUUCAGUCCUUAUUGCAGACGGUCCUGGAUAUUAGCGUCGCUUCCAAGAACCCCAUUCGGAUUAAGUAUCUUCUCAGCGAUGAGGUGACGGUCAAUACGUAUCAGACGCUUUGCCAAGUCCUCAUCACCGAACUUCAGGCGCACUUUCAGGACAGGAUGGACGUCGGGUGCACUCUCGAUAUCUGGACUGAACCAUUGACUAGCAUCGCGUACAUGUCGGUGACGAUGCACUACAUUGACGCCGCCUUCAAGCAUUACGCCCGCAUCCUGCAGGUCGACCAAUUCCCAGGAGUGUCACACACAGCCGUGGCCAUUCUCAAAACCUUCAAACACUGCAUCAUCUCGUUCACGAGGGAGUUCGACAACAUGAAUGGGCCGGUCAAGGAGCAGAUCAAGCGCGUUGCCAUCCCGGUCGUCCUUCCUCGCCGCUGCAUCAACAAUAUCUCGAGCAACGACGAUGACGAUGAUCAGGACGAUAUCGACGGCGUUCUGAACGCGACGACCUUAAAGAUCCUACACGGUCUCUUCAUCAAUCAUCUGAAACCUUCCACGGUGAACAUUUGGAUGUUACUCCGUUCGAACAUGGACCUGAUCAAAUGGAAGAAGUUAUGA